CCCUUAAGUUAAGUGUAAUAUUUCCAAUUGCAAUUAUUUUUCGAUCCAUGUAAGAAUCUAAAAUUAAAAUAAAAGUGAAAUUGCAAGUUUGAAGAUGAAUCAAACUCUUGAUAUUGCAAUGUGAGAAAUUAUGGCAAACAAAAAAGAAAGAGAAAAGAAAAAAGGAAAAUGAAAAAGUGAUAAUUCCAAAAUGUCGUUAUGCGAUAAAUAAUGUGGGCGUUUUUGUAAUACUCCCUUGGUCCCAAUUUAUCUAAACUUUAAAGUUAAAUUAACUCAACAUUUUAACAUUAAAAAAUAUAUAUUUAAAAACUAAUGGAGUGUCAAUUUGGUGAAAGUUGAUGGAGAGGAAGUUGUGCUAUUACAUUUCCAAAAGAGGAGCAGCAAAAUUUGAAAUAUGGGUGAUAGCCCAAAACUCCAAAGCCUCGACAUAUAUGAGAGAGACAGAGUAGUAGGAGUAUAAAAGGAUCACCGCGUCUUCACCGCCCAUAACGAGAAAAUUUCGCCUUUGAAAUCAUCAUUUGGCAAUAAAAGCUUUCACCCUCGCCACGUCCAUUGUUCAAGGACCAUGUGAACCAACACAUUCCAUAAACCAGGACACAUCGAUGAUUUCCUCUCAAUUUCUCGUUCGGUAAUAACUUGUUGCAUGUUUAUGGAAUACGUUUUUUUUUGUUAUAUGUUUAUAGAAACAGAAUGGACGAAGAAAUGGAGGAAUUCAUUGUAGAAUGUAUGGAGGCAUCGGAAAUAGACUCGGAAUAUGAGUUUGACGCUGCUCGGUUUUAUGAUUUCUGCCGACCGGAGUCAACUUCCGAGGCUGAAGAUGCCCAGCGCUGGUUUCAAACCUCUGGCAAUUAUCCGCCUUCUCCUCUCAUUAUAAAGUUAAACCUGGGGAAAGAGAUUACAGCAGGAAACUCAAAUGGUUGCUCAAGGUUACAAGAUGGGAAAACGGCAAAAUCAAAAGGCAACAACUCAUACGUUCCUGUUGGUUCUGAAGUUUCGCCCUCCAAAUCGAAAAAUAAAGUGUUUUACUGGUUUCCUUGUCCCCGCUCAGGAACAAUAUCUAAAGGUCAAACUACUCAUGAAAUUUCUAAGACAAAGCCAGAGCCAAGAUCUUCAAAUACAAGAGGUUCAACUUUAAUGAAGCCCACGGCUAGUCAUUUGGCUAAACAGAAGUCGCAGAAAACAUCUGACAAGACUGAUGUGACAAGCUCACAGAAUUCUUUGGCUUUCGAAAAUAUUGCUACCAAAAGGCAAAAGCUAGAGAUUGGUUAUCUACUUAAGAUUGCUCACUUGAAGCAUCAACGUCUACUAUCUCACAAGAUAUCCAAAAAGGAUACCUCAUCCAUCUAUAACUCGGCACAUCCCAAAUCUAAAGUUACUGUUCCAAGAGAACCUGAACUAGAAACUCUGCAGAGGGCACAAAGGAGAAUUUUCAGGUACAACAAGGACUCAAAGUCAAGUGAAAUCACAAAAGCCAAAACCCAAAUGCUUAAAGCACAGCCCUUGAACAGAAAUAUACUCAAGGCUGCUACAUUACCUCCUCUCAGAAAUAGUAGAGCACCAUUGCCUGAGUUUCAUCAGUUAUCAAACUCUCCAAAUGCCAAUUGCGCCGCACAAAACGCUUUAGCGGACUUCAAAAGACCAAACACUCAAAAUGCUGUGAAGCAGGGAAAAUCUGUAACAUCGCUCAAAUCAAGAUCUCAUAAAUGUAACAAGAUAUUUCCAAGUAGGGAAGAUCAUGGCAUAGGUGACAACGUUGGACAAGAAAGAACAAACUCAAUGGUAACACAUGAUUUCAUUGAUUCCAAAUCCAUAUUUGAUCAGAAACUUUCAGUGCAUCCGCCAAUUGAACUGCUCAAUAAGUUAUCCCUCAGAUCUGAAAAGGAAACAAGUGAAGUGGCUAAGACAAAAAAGAACCCCUCAGCAAAGGAGUUAAAGGAGAAUGCUCCAAAUUGUUUGCAGAUUAAAUUUCGGAAAUGUGUUGGAAAGCCAAAUCAGUGUGCGGCAGAGAGGGGCACCAGGAUUGGGCACCACUCCAACAUGAACAGGAGCUUGGGGAUCCGAUGAGAAUUUUGUGGCUAACAUAUGUGGUUGUUGAAUUGCUGCAAGUUGUUGCUUGGAUCUAAGAUGGUUCCCGCACCUGCAGACCUCUACUUCAUGGAAGGUAGAUCCUCCUAACUCCGGGAGUUAUGUGGAAGUAUAUGCCUUUAGCUAUAGCAAAGAAAUAAAAGACUGUCCUCGAGACUUGCAACACCAAUUUUUUUGGCUAGCACUGUACAGCAAGUCAAAUAGAGUGUAUUCCUUUUGGUCUGUUAUCUACAUCAGCAAGGUACAUGUGCUAGGAAGGGGAUUAUAGUCUUUUAAUUACCCAAUGUAUAAACUUAUAUCAACUCAACAGUUCAAAAGGAAAUGAUCCAGAGAGAAAAAUUGCUACUGUACGUUACUCGGUCGGAUCCUCCUUCCUUCCGUACCUUCCAGUCCAAAGAACCCUUCGUGGUAUCAUUCUUUCUCCAUCUCUCUGUUAAUUGGAGGGAGUGCAUCCAAGUUUCAUUCCAAAAAGCUCUUCAAGGUAUGCGACAUUGCGAAGUUCAAUUCCAGUUGGACUUUGCCAUGUCUUUUAAGUCUAAGCAUCACAUAGGCUAUUGUGCGCAUGAGUUGGCUUCACUAACUCUUAACUUUUUUGCAUGUGAGGGUUCUAAUCGGGAUUCAGGAUUUGAAUUUUCUGAUUCGAUUUCAGGAUUCUACCACCACCUAUUUGAUUUACUGGGUUAGAAAUUUAUAAUUUGUACUUUUUAGUGAAUUUUUUAACACAUACAAGGUCUGAGCCAAAGCAUUUAGGUUAGUAUGAACUCAUAUGACACACACUAGAUCCUCUGCUGGUUCAAUUUGUAAGACAUUGAGAUAGAGUUGGAAUGACAUGGGAAAGUGGCGUAUAGGAGGCAAUGGUUUUUUCUGCCUAUUACACUCUGUUAUCUCUAGUGAUCACUUGGUAUACGUACACUUAUCCAGCAUAUUGAACUUGUGUAUUCCACUCGCUCCUCAUCUCUGAGAGCAACUCCUCUUUUUAGAAUUUAAGAAACUACUAACC